ACAUUUUUGAGCGGGAGCUAGAACCAUCUGCAUCAACGCCGCCGCCGCCGCUUCGAGCACCGCGUCACCACUUUAUCAUCGCCCGAGGAGAAUGAGCCUGUCCGCCUUCCUACGCCCUUGCGACCCCCACCACACACCCCGCGUCGAGUCGAGGUAACCAGGUCAAUCACCGCCUCCCGCUCGACAUGGCGACGGCCACCCAGCGCGCCGAGGAUGUGGACGUCAUCGAAGGCGCCGAUGAGGUGUCGCUCUCGCAGAAGAUGCUUUCGGCCGUGUCUGGGAGCAUCCUGACAUCGCUGCUUGUCACGCCCCUCGAUGUCGUCCGCGUCCGUCUGCAAUCGCAGGAAACUCCACAAAAGACAUCUUCACACACACCGCGCGCGUUCAAUGGCGCCAGUCUCACGCAGUUCCGCGAUAUGCCACCUAACAUGGGCAUCUCGGCCUGCUGCAGGGAGGUCUUCUGGAUGAACAACAAGGCGCCUUUCUGCGUAGCCGGACCGACCAUGGCGACGAUAAACCCAGCCGACCUGAACUGUGCCGUGGAGGAGGUGGAGCGGAGGACCAUCAACAGUACCUGGGAUGGACUUCGAAAGAUUGCUCAAAACGAAGGCCCGCGAACCCUGUGGCGAGGCCUGUCACCAACUCUGGUCAUGGCAGUGCCGGCCAACGUCAUCUACUUUGCUGGCUACGACUGGCUACGCACAUCACAAGCAUCGCCCUUCCGCUCGAUUGUGCCUGAUGCGUACACGCCACUGAUAGCCGGUGCGACAGCGCGUACGCUGGCCGCGAUUACUGUCAGCCCGAUCGAGAUGUUCCGAACAAGGAUGCAGGCCGCGAACCACACCGCCACCGCCGCAGGACACUUCCGCGAGACCAUGGAUGGCGUGAAAGAGAUGGUAGGCUCGCAGGGCAUUCUGAGUCUCUGGCGCGGUCUCACACUGACUUUGUGGCGCGACGUCCCCUUCUCUGCCAUCUACUGGUGGGGAUACGAAGCCACACGGAACGCGCUGACCGACGCACGAGGCCGAGCGGCCGCCAGGAACGACGGAUUCGAGUUCCGCAUGGGUCGGGGCGAGGAAAGAAUUCAGCGUCGGAGCCGGUCGAGGAGCCGAGAGAACCCCAGAGACACUAUCGUCGACAGCUUUCUCGCCGGUGCUGCCUCUGGUGGUGUUGCAGCUUUCGUCACCACCCCCUUUGAUGUCGGCAAAACACGACAGCAGGUCGUGCGACAUGCCGGGAAGGCCGCCAAAGACGCAGCAGACUCAAUUCGACCAGAGGACCAGUCGAUGCCGCGCUUCCUCAUGCACAUCUACAAAGAGCAGGGCAUGUCCGGCCUGUUCAAAGGAUGGGCCGCCCGGUCACUGAAGAUUGCGCCUGCAUGCGCCAUCAUGAUCAGCUGCUACGAGCUGGGCAAGAAGAUAUUCAACGAUUCCAACGAGCGCAAGCAUCUCGAGAGGUCGCGAGACUGAAGAGAAUUACAUUCGGCAGGGGGCCACUGCACAUAUACCAAGUUUUGCGGGUUUGCCCGAUGCGGGCUGGGAGGACAUUCAACAUAUUUGGCUCGGCGACAGCAUAGCAUGUUCAUGGCGUUAUUGGCGACGGGCAAGGAGCGGCCUAUGACCUUCAUGUAUUGAUACCAGCGCUCUUGUAUAUACCGGCGCAUGUACCAUAGUAACUAAAAGCAUUACAUAUAAUCAAACUCGGCUAGUUGAAUUCAGU